GGGAGAAGAGUAGGGUUGAGGUUGAGGCGCGCGCGCGGAGGCGGAGGAAGGCAGGCAGGCAGGCAAGGCUGGUUGGCUCGGUCAGCCGUUGCCUCCGCCCUCCCGCGGAGAAGAGGGCCCGGUGGAAAAGAUGAUUGAGGAAAGUGGAAAGAGGAGGAGGACGAUGGCAGAGAAGAGACAGCUCUUCAUGGAAAUGAGGGCUCAGAAUUUUGAUGUCAUCAGACUGUCAACAUAUCGAACUGCCUGCAAACUCAGAUUUGUGCAAAAAAGAUGUAAUUUACAUCUUGUGGAUAUCUGGAAUAUGAUUGAAGCCUUCAGAGAUAAUGGCCUUAACACAUUGGACCAUAAUACAGAGAUCAAUGUAUCUCGACUAGAAACUAUCAUUUCCUCCAUUUACUACCAGCUGAAUAAACGCCUUCCGUCUACUCACCAGAUCAGUGUGGAGCAAUCCAUCAGCCUUCUCCUCAACUUCAUGAUAGCAGCAUAUGAUAGUGAAGGACAUGGGAAAUUGACAGUAUUUUCCAUAAAAGCAAUGUUGGCAACUAUGUGUGGUGGAAAAAUUCUGGACAAAUUAAGAUAUAUUUUCUCUCAAAUGUCAGAUUCCAACGGACUGAUGAUAUUUUCAAAAUUUGACCAGUUUCUGAGAGAAGUUCUGAAACUUCCUACAGCUGUUUUUGAAGGGCCUUCUUUUGGAUACACAGAAAAUUCUGUGCGGACAUGUUUUCCUCAGCAGAAAAAAGUAAUGCUAAACAUGUUUUUAGACACCUUAAUGGCUGACCCUCCACCCCAGUGCCUUGUGUGGCUACCUCUGAUGCAUAGACUUGCCCAUGUUGAAAAUGUCUUCCAUCCAGUGGAAUGUUCUUACUGCCGGUGUGAGAGCAUGAUGGGCUUCCGAUACCGAUGCCAGCAGUGCCACAACUAUCAGCUCUGUCAAAACUGUUUUUGGCGUGGCCAUGCAAAUGGCCCUCACAGCAACCAGCAUCAGAUGAAAGAGCAUUCCUCUUGGAAAUCGCCUGCCAAGAAGCUGAGCCAUGCCAUUAGUAAAUCUCUUGGUUGUGUACCCACUAGAGAUCCUCCUCACCCUGUAUAUCCGGAACAGCCAGAGAAGCCCCUUGACCUUGCCCAUAUAGUCCCUUCUCGGCCUCUUGUUAACAUGAAUGAUGCCACGGUUACCCACGUGUCCUCCGGAGCCCCCACACCAACAAAAAGGUUGCAGCACAGCCUCGCCCCCUCCGAUCGGCUCAGUGAUGAGCAUGUGCUGAUAGCAGCCUAUGUGAGCCAGCUCCAAAGCAGUACACGCAGUGUCCUGGACAGUCCUAGCAGACUGGAUGAAGAGCACCGGUUAAUUGCUCGGUAUGCUGCCAGGUUAGCUGCUGAAGCUGGAAAUGUGACACGGCCACAAAUAGAUCUGGGGUUCAAUUUUGAUGCCAACAAACAGCAAAGGCAACUGAUAGCAGAGCUGGAAAACAAGAACAGAGAAAUUCUGCAAGAAAUUCAGCGCCUCAGACUGGAACAUGAACAGGCCUCCCAGCCAACACCUGAAAAAGCCCAACAGAAUCCAACUUUGUUGGCAGAAUUAAGGCUAUUGCGGCAAAGGAAAGAUGAAUUGGAACAACGAAUGUCUGCUCUUCAGGAAAGCCGAAGGGAACUGAUGGUACAACUGGAAGGACUCAUGAAGCUGCUCAAGGAAGAAGAACAAAAACAGGCAGCUCAGGCAGCUGGUUCUCCACAUACUUCCCCCACCCACGGGGCUGGCCGCUCCAUGCCAAUGCCAGUCAGGUCCACAUCUGCUGGUUCUACCCCAACUCAUGUACCCCAAGAUUCACUUACUGGUGUUGGUGGAGAUGUCCAGGAAGCAUUUGCACAAGGAACUCGGCGGAACCUCCGUAAUGAUUUGCUGGUAGCAGCUGAUUCUAUUACCAACACAAUGUCAUUUUUGGUGAAGGAGCUUCAUUCAGGGGGAGAGGAAGGUGGUGAGGAGGAGGAAGAGGAGGACAAGAUGCAGAAUGGGAAGGACCGAGGUUAAAUUAAAACAAAAACUGGACCGGCCAGAGGUUUAAGUAACAAGGUGUGAGCUCCUAUUCUAAAGACGUCUCCACAUUCUUCAGAAGAGGCAUGAUCCAACUGACACAUCCACCAUUGUGAAGCUGUGACUAACACAACUAUUGCAGGGGAGCAGUCUUCUUCCAAUGGACAGAACGGCUUUUCUUGGGGGGGGAGGGCAGGGGCAUCUCCUUAAGUUUGCAUGUCCUAUUUCUGUAGGCGUUCCAGUGCUAACUGGACAGAGCCUCAUCUCUGUUUCAGUGAGAGAGCUUUUUGAAUAAUGGCUUCUGAAAAUGCAAGCCACCUUCCUGUGAAUUGUCCCCAUUCUUUACCUGGGCUUCAUUGUUCACACCUUACCAUGCACUGGUAAUUCCAUUUGUGAUCUUCAGUCCCUCAUGAGCAGACUCGCAACUGGCUGUUUCUUCACCAAGUAACGGAGAUGAAUGCUGGCUGUGGACUCUGAUGUGGCAGCAGCCCCUCUUGCCUUUUCAGAAUGCUGCUUUUGUCUGCGACUGGCAGGUUGCUUGGGUUGUUUGUGAAUGCAUGUCACACAGUGCAGGUGCGAAGCAAGGUGUGUUCCAGACAGUGGUGGUGCUACCAGGAGGCAACCAAUUUGGGCACCACUAAAGAUGGUUUAGUGAUAAAUGGACAGUUCUGACCCACAGAGCCAAUCCAUCUGGAGAUUUCUCUCUGUCAGUCUCAUCAAAAUGAAUGAGAGCACCAUUAGAGCAUCACCUAGAGCAUCACCACCAUGCCCCUGUGCAACUGGCUUGUUUCAGUGAGGGUCGUAUAGGGUAAUGACUUGGUAGACGUCCCCUCUGUUUCAUUUCAUUAAAUGGGCAGCUUUGAGGAUUUCCACCAUGAGCACUCUAGUGUGUCUUACACCAGCCCAGAUGUCAGGAGAAGGAUGGGAGAAAGGUCCAGCAUCUAGCAGCUACCUUUAAGAAUUCUCAGAACAGGUGGCUUUGUGGUUGUUGCUUUACAUGAUGGCUUAAUGGAAAAAAGCUGUUUUGACAAGUACUGCUAUUACCCAGUGCCCUUUCCCGCAUCAAACGCCAGUCACUCAGUGAAGCAGUCGGCCUGCCUGCUCUGGUGGCUGAGGAACCUCUCAGUCCCUUCCAUCCAUACGUGAUUCCCUUUUCCCUUCAGAGGCUUGCUCUGAUGGAGAUGUGGAGUAGCCUUGGAGUGAACUCUGACUGAGCUGGCUGGCUGUGCUGGUUCUCCAGGGAGCAGGCUUAGAAGUUCCAUAUUGCCUUUUAGGGGUAAGAGAAAGUCAUGCACAAAUGGUCAACUGAUUUCUUUGAAGAUCUGAAAGUCCAGUUUUAGAACCAAGAGCUUCACUUUGCUAAAACCCCGAUGUGUACAGUCAUAUAGGACAGUUCUACAUCUAUCCUCUUUUGUUGUUCAGGUUAGGUAAAUGAAAUGCUGCUAGCCUUUGCAUUAUAAAUAGUUGCCUGUAGCUAUAGAAAUACACGUAGACACCCAAAGCUGAGAUUAUUGUGACCACAGCAAAACCUUCAAUCAGAAAUUGGGGGAUUUUUAACCAUUUUGCCUAACCAUUUUGCCAACACAGGGCAUACCUGGCUGGGACAGACCAGAGGUUCUCCAGUUCAACCAUAUUUAAGUUCCUCUGUCAUGACACCCCUCCAUCAUGUAUAGUAGGGGGACAAAGAAACUUGAUUUUUUGCUAAACCUUCUAGAAGAAGCCAGGAGUGAACCAUUUCCAUAUAGUUGCAAAGAAAACUACAUAGAAGUCUACAUAGUCACCAAGAAUUGAGUCAAUUCAAGAGGCUGUUUACCUUGCUGGAAGUACAAAAUCAUCAUAAUUACUAGUCUACUGGUCAAAAUCAAGUAUCUGCCAGUAGAUCCUGUUCUGCCUUCUACCCAACCCUGAAGUACAUGACAGAGCGAUCCCUGCUUACAAAACAUUUUUUCCAUCUCCUGCCACCUCCCGUUCUAGAAGCCAAGGUCAUGCUGGAUGAGAUGGUUUGCUAUAUCUCACAAUGGGCCCCUCUACGCACAAAUGUGCCAGCCUCAGAAGUAGGAGCAGCAGCUUUCAACCAGCCCCAAAUUGCCAACUACCACUGUCUAUUGUAGCAGAAAAGGCCCUGCAUCUUGACCCUCCAGAAGCUUCUCUUCCUGCUAUCAGCUACCUCCAGAGCCAAACUCUCAUGCAGUUGUAUCUCUCUCCUUUCUUGCAAGCCGCUCCAGGAGGUGAUUAUAACUGAAAGGCUCGUUCCUACAUGAAGCUCCAGGAUCUGUUCUUCAGGCUGUGACAAGACAGAUGAGUGAAAUUGGUAGCCUGCGCUUGUUAAAAGUGACUCCCAAUGCCAUGCAUCUGGAUCACUUCAUCCACAACACCAUAUAUUUUGGCCUACAAAGCAAUUAACAUAUGCUUCAUAUUACUGGAGCUGAAGGGCUCGUGGGUUGGCUUUAAGGCAGUUUUUAAGCCUUCCUGGCAGGCUGAAGUGCACAGAGGAGCUAGUGGCUCACUCAUCCCUCUGCAUGCCACAGGAGCUUAGGAAGUACUCCCUUUCCCCUUCACCUGUGGCACUUGGGCUUGGAAGAUGGGUCUCUCACUGAGCUGUUGGCCAAAGUUCAACACAGCCACACAGUAAGUCCUGAUGGAAGCAAUGUCAAAUUGAACUGGGCUUCACUUAUGGUAAACUGAAGCUUUUCUUGAACCUUCAGCAAGUCAUUGUGUCUCCUUUUUAGUAUGGGCCAGUUUUUUUCUGCUUGGACUUCUGGGUAGGCAAGAAAAUCAAUGAAGAAUGCCCCUGAGCGCGCGCACAGCUUAUUUGAGGAUCCUGCAUGGCUCUGAAUUGCAUCUCUGACCUUGUUGAAAGGAGAAAUCAUGAAAAAAUAUUAUUUGGCAAGAGAUAAAAUAAGGGGUCAAGCUCUUUCUCUGCCAUCCACCGCUAAGGAACAUCUUGGCAACUAUAUUGCUGAGGCUGAAGAUGUGCCCAAGACUGCUGGCUGAGCCAGCUGGUCUUCAAAGAAUUUGGCAUUGCUGCUUCAGCUGCCCCAUGCAUGCUCACCAAGCCUUCUGGCCCUGUCUCUUCUCUAGGUGUGAACUCUUGCAAUUUAGGCAAAACAUUUUUUGGCUGCUGUGAUUUGGCAAGGAGGGGACUCUGUUCCAAAGCAUUUUGCAGCAUCCUUUUCAAUAUGGUAAAUGUGCCUUUGAAAGCCAGGAGACAAAAAGAUGUCCCAACUACAGUUGAAAAAGAUCUGCUCUCUGGGCAUGUAUGCAAGGCUUAGUGCUAAUAUUUUUGGCAUCCGGAAGACAAAAGACAAUCAUCUGCUUUUCAAAAUGCAUUCAACUGCUGUUUUCACAGAGAUCCAAUUAUCCUUGAAGUUGGGAACUUAGCUAUCCUUAGAAUAUGUUCACAUGACAUACUAACCACAAACUAGCUAAUCCAGGCUUUGUGAUUAAUUUAUAUUUCAGUGUCUUGUGUGAACCCAGAAAAAUGGGUAAUUGAGUAAACUUUGUUUCAGCUAACCAUUAAGUGUGUCAUGCAGACACAGCCAAAGUGUGUUACUCUGGGGGUGGAAAUUUUUCAGUAUCAGUAUCAAAAGACAUUUCUUUUGAAUCCAUGCCUUGUGGUUGAAGAAUGUGGCCAAGAAUGUGGCUACAGUUUAUGGACAGGGUAAAGCAAGAUUGUGGGGCUGGAGUCAGAUCCAAUGAUGCCUUGUAAAUGGGAAGGAACAGGGAGGCAUCUGACUUUUGUCUACUUGCUGCAGUGUGGCACUGGGAACAGGGAUAAUGGCCUGGGUAAGUCUCCUCCUUCAGGAGUCACUGAGUGAUGCUGCUGCUGUUGAGGGACAUCAACUGUUCAGAUCCGUCAUCCUGCACUUGUGCACAUCUGGCCCAUGAUGCUGAGUCAGUAGCUUCUUCACAUACCAUGGCGUCAGCAUGGUAAAACAACACCAAAAAAGGGACAGUGGACAGUGAGCAGCAGUAAAGCUUCUCUUAAGCUUCAGACCAGAUUGCCAGCAUUUGGAAUAGUGUUUAUUCUGAUCCUGAUAGGGGAGUGACGGAGCAGAGCCAUCGGGUGUAGCAGAUCUGAGAGUGGAACUGAGUUAAAGCUUCCUAUUCCAUGGCUCAGUGUUUCUCAACCUUGGGAACUUUAAGCUGUGUGGACUUCAACUCACUCAUGGAUUUCAUCUGUAUUUUUCUAUGUCCAAGUAAUUUGGUGUGUGGGUAGAGAGCACUUUGCUAGGUAUGAACAAAUGUGGGUGACCAGAAAAGAUGAGCAGACGCAGCAGGAGUCUGGAGGCAACAGCUGUGAUAGAGCUCUGGGAAAGCAUGGGGGCCUAACUGAGGGGCCUUGCUGUUCCUGCUUUCUGGGUGGCCUGACUUGCAACUGCAGGAUAGGGCAGUGUGUAUGCCAAGCCAGAUUAAAAUGGCACAGACUUCUAGCCAGCCACAUAGGCCCGUACUCCAGAAAGAUUUUGAUCUGCAUGGAGAAAUUAGGCUUGUUAGGCAAAACUGCUGCUGCUGCUCUUGUACACUCUUUAGCAUUCUCUAAAAGGCCCAGUUCCCUUCCUCGUGACAUUCUGCAAGGGACAGGGAGGAAGCUAUAUUAGUGGAACUGUUGGCACGUGUCUGGGAACCAACAGCAGGCAGGAAUUAGAGAUUGGCUGUGUUCACACAGCACACUUAGCGUGGUUAUUGAAUUUUCUAGUUCAUUCAGUACAUUGACCCUAGACUAACACAAUGCUAAACCACAAAAACAAAACAAAAACUAACCUAGCUUCACAUGUUGUGCAAAUGCAGUUGCUAGGUCUUUGACCUGGUGUGCGAACACAGCCAUGAUGUGUCUAGGCAUCUAAGUGAAGCUGUGAUUGAGAUGAGUCAUGCAAGACCAAACAGGAGGCGCAGCAGAGCAUUCUUCUAGAUGGGAACCGAAGGCAGAUCAACCCCUACUCUCCCUGGGAUGCAGAGACAAGGGCAUGUGUUAUGAAGGUACUGGAGCAAAGCUUCCUGCUGUUAUUCCUGGAUGCUUUCAAUUGCCCUUGGACCUCACUAAUUAUGGCUUGCCAAUGCUGCACUCAUUGUGACCGCAUUAUCACUGGGGUAGGUGUGAUACUGUACGAAAAUAUGGAAGGCAAGCCAAAUGUGCUGAUCGUUACCAAGAUGUAGUGGAGGGUCUUUUUCCUGUUAAGAGGAAGCAGAAUUUAUCUAGAAACCAUGAUGUGGAGAGCAAGGAAACUGCAUUGUGUAUGUGUGAAUAUACGUGUGUGUUCUCUUUUUGACACACACAUCCUGGAUCUCAAACAAUACUAGCUCCCCAACAGGCAAUUAAUACUUCCUUGUCUACUACACAGCACACCAAAACCUAAGUUUGGUACAAUGAAAACCAAUGUGAGGAUGAAUGUAAUAAUUCCAGUUUACAACUAUUUUCCCACUCGUGUGUGUGUGGGUGAAUGUGUAUGUAUAUGAGAGAGCUCCUGAGUAUGUGAAUGCAAUGUUUUCAUUAAGGUUUGUUAAAAUAUAUGGGAGAUCCUGUACAUGUUGGGAACAAGUCUAAAAAAAGCUGUAAACUAGAAGCCAUGUUUUCUCAUCUGCCAAAUAUUUAAUAAAGGAGUCCCAUCCA